AUGCAAUUCCACGUCAACGGCUUCCAGGGCUCCCAAGAUCCCCUCGUCACUCAAUACCAAGGCACCGAGCCUGAUUUUCAAACAAGUCUUCCACAAGAAGUGGAUGUUCUGAUCGUGGGAGCUGGUCCCGCAGGACAAUUGCUUGGAGCACAACUGGCGAGAUUUCCGAACAUUACCACACGUAUUAUCGAGUCGAAACAUGGCAGGCUGGAGCAGGGGCAGGCGGAUGGCCUGCAGUGCCGGACAAUUGAGAUCUUCGAGGCAUUUGGCUUCAGCGAGAGGGUGUUGAAAGAGGCGUAUUGGGUCAAUGAGACGACGUUUUGGUCGCCUACUGAGGAUGGCAAAGGACUACGGCGAAGUGGACGGAUACGAGACACAGAGGAAGGAUUGAGCGAGUUCCCUCAUGUCAUUCUCAACCAGGCACGGCUACAUGAUCUCUGGCUAGACUGCAUGAAAUGGUCUCCUACCCGACUGGAGCCGUCAUACAGCAGGAAGAUGGUGGAGAUGACGCUACCUAAAGGCGAUGAGCCGGUCCACGUUACCAUUGAGCGAACAGACGCCGCGAACCAAGGCCGCAGAGAACAGGUCAAGGCGAAGUAUGUCGUAGGAUGUGAUGGAGCAAGAAGUGGAGUGCGGAAGACCAUUGGCAUCGAGAUGAAGGGCGACUUCGCCAACCAAGCUUGGGGUGUACUGGAUGCACUCAUCGUCACCGACUUCCCCGACAUCAGACUGAAGACUGCCAUUCAUUCGGCGGAACAUGGCAGCAUCCUUAUCAUUCCUCGCGAAGGAGGGUUCCUGGCGAGGUUUUACAUCGAAAUGGACAAACUUAAACAGGACGAGCGAGUGGCUUCGAAGAACGUCACAGCAGAGGUUGUUAUCGAUCGAGCGAAGAAGAUCUUUGCUCCAUACACUUUCGACGUGCGAGAAAUCGCAUACUGGUCUGUCUACGAAGUCGGCCAGAGACUGACGGACCAUUUCGACGAUGUGCCCAAGACUGAACGCGAUCAACGAAAUCCCCGCGUAUUCAUCACCGGCGAUGCUUGUCACACCCACAGCGCCAAAGCCGGCCAGGGUAUGAACGUAUCGAUGAACGAUUCUUUCAAUUUGGGUUGGAAACUCGCCUCGGUUCUGCAUGGCCGCUCGCUGCCAAGUCUCCUACACACCUACUCCGAAGAGCGACAAGACAUUGCUCGUGUACUCAUCGAAUUCGACAGAGAGAUGUCUCGCAUGUUCGCCGCAAAGCCUAAGGAAAACGCUUCUGCCGACGACGCAGACUCUGUAGAUCCAGCGGUCUUCCAAGACUUCUUCACACGCCAGGGCCGCUUCAUGGCAGGCUUGCAGACAAGAUACAAACCAGGUUCGCUCACCUCGUCAGACACCACCUACCAGCACCUCGCCCGUGGCUACGAAAUCGGCACCCGUUUCCAGUCCGACGUCGUCCUCCGCGUCGCAGACGCCAAACCCAUCCACCUAGGCCACACAAUGGACGCCGACGGCCGCUGGCGCCUCAUCCUCUUCAACUCCUCCAUCGCCUCGCCUUCAUCCCCCUCAACCGCCCUCUCCACUCUCUGCGCCUUCGUCGAGAAACACCUCAUCCCGAAAUACACCCCUUCCACCUCCGACAUCGACUCCCUCAUCGACGUCCGCGCCAUCUUCACACACUCCCGCCAGACCUUCGAAAUCACCGAUCUCCCCUCUCUACUCCUCCCGCAUAAAGGCAAGCUGGGCGUGCAGGACUACGAGAAGGCUUUCACGGAUGAGGUCAGCUAUGGGUUUGGCGGCGGGGAGUUGUAUCAGACGAGGGGGCUGAGCAAGGAGGAAGGAUGUGUGGUUCUUGUUAGGCCGGAUCAGUAUGUUAGUGCUGUUUUGCCUUUGAGCAAGGAGGCGGAGGGCAUGUUGGAGGGUUUCUUUGAUGGGGUUUUUGUGGAGGUUGGGAAGGGGAGUGGGGCGGUGAAUGGACUUUGA